CAGCCCGCUUCCGUCAGCCUCACUGCGGCUUCCUGCCGUCUUGCUUCGCGUUUCCCUCUGCGUUCCCUCCGCGCUGCUGGAGGCUGUGGUCCCAAUGCUCCCCAAACGGCGGCGAGCGCGGGUCGGGUCACCUAGCGACGAUGCCGCUUCCUCCACGCCGCCCUCGACGCGCUUCCCCGGAGUCGCCAUCUACCUGGUCGAGCCUCGCAUGGGUCGCAGCCGCCGGGCCUUCCUCACACGCCUGGCGCGCUCCAAAGGCUUCCGCGUCCUUGACGCCUGCAGCUCCGAAGCGACACAUGUUGUGAUGGAAGAGACCUCAGCAGAGGAGGCCGUCAGUUGGCAGGAGCGCAGGAUGGCAGCUGCUCCCCCAGGUUGCACCCCGCCAGCUCUGCUGGACAUAAGCUGGUUAACAGAGAGCCUGGGAUCCGGGCAGCCUGUACCUGUGGAGUGCCGGCACCGCCUGGAGGUGGCUGGGCCAAGGAAGGGGCCUCUGAGCCCAGCAUGGAUGCCUGCCUAUGCCUGCCAGCGCCCCACGCCCCUCACACACCACAACACUGGCCUCUCGGAGGCUCUGGAGACACUGGCCGAGGCAGCGGGCUUUGAAGGCAGUGAGGGCCGCCUCCUCACCUUCUGCAGAGCAGCCUCGGUGCUCAAGGCCCUUGCCAGCCCUGUCACAACCCUGAGCCAGCUGCAGGGGCUUCCCCACCUUGGAGAACACUCCUCUAGGGUUGUCCAGGAGCUGCUAGAGCAUGGAGUGUGUGAGGAGGUGGAGAGAGUUCGGCGCUCAGAGAGGUACCAGACCAUGAAGCUCUUCACCCAGAUCUUCGGGGUCGGUGUGAGGACUGCUGACCGGUGGUACCGGGAAGGACUGCGAACCUUGGAUGACCUCCGACAGCAGCCCCAGAAACUAACCCAACAGCAGAAAGCGGGGCUCCAGCACCACCGGGACCUGAGCACCCCAGUCCUGCGGUCCGAUGUAGAUGCCCUGCAGCAGGCGGUGGAGGAAGCUGUGGGGCAGGCCCUGCCUGGGGCCACCGUCACGCUGACUGGCGGCUUCCGCAGGGGGAAGUUGCAGGGCCAUGACGUGGACUUCCUCAUCACCCACCCCAAGGAGGGUCAGGAGGCGGGGCUGCUGCCCAGAGUGAUGCGCUGCCUGCAGGACCAGGGCCUCAUCCUAUACCACCAGCACCAGCACAGCCACUUGGAGUCCCCUACCCGCCUGGCCCAACAGAGCCACAUGGACGCUUUUGAGAGAAGUUUCUGCAUUUUCCGCCUACCACAACCUCCAGGGGCUGCUGUUGGGGGAUCCACGAGGCCCUGCCCAUCCUGGAAGGCUGUGAGGGUGGACUUGGUAGUCGCACCCAUCAGCCAGUUCCCUUUCGCCCUGCUCGGUUGGACUGGCUCCAAGCUUUUCCAGCGGGAGCUGCGCCGCUUCAGCCGGAAGGAGAAGGGCCUGUGGCUGAACAGCCAUGGGCUGUUUGACCCGGAGCAGGGAAGCAGCAGUGGCAUGACUCCUAGGUCACGGAAGUCCUGCUUCUGUUGCAGAAGACAUUUUUCCAUGCGGCUUCAGAGGAAGACAUCUUCAGACACCUGGGCCUUGAGUACCUUCCUCCAGAGCAGAGAAAUGCCUGAGCCUGCCUGUGUCCCCCACUUCCACUCAGGAAAUCGGGCUGCCCCCAACCUGGCCACUGAAUGUCUCCAGGCAGAUAUGCUGCCCCCCGACCCCCACCUUCACCCCUCCCCGCCAGGGCCUGGCUCUGCCGGAGGUCAGUUGUGCCUGAAGGAUCAGUUGAGCCCCUGCUUGUGUGCUGCAGGGUGUGGUGAGGUGGGAGCCCUUGGUGCCAGCCUCAUUGCUGUGUGACCUUGGGUCUGCUCUUAGCCUCCUCAUGGCUCACAUUCCUGCCCUGGAUGGGAUGUGAGCGGGGCCCACUUCAUGGAGCCGUGGCGGGGCCUGCAGUCAUGAAUGGCAAGUGGUCCCUGAUGUGCAGUGUCCCAUCAGUUGCACUGCAGUUACUGUGGCUCCUGCAGGGCACCCUACCCAGAGUGCCCAGAAGAGAACCAUGCAUACCUGCGCUGCGUUUGAGAGCCAUGAGCUGGAGGCUUGGUUCUUGACAGCAAGGAGCCUGCUGUCUGGUGUGCUGUAGGCAUCUGGAGAGGGAGAGGGCCUGGGUAGGAGUUAGGAGGAAGAUAAUUUUCAACUAUGGGGAUUCAGUACUGCAGCGCCCCAAGCCAGGCUCUGUGCUUCUGCCUUUAAGGCCUGUUCUCAGCACAGUGUCUCAAAAAUAGGUCAUAUCCUGCCACUCCCAUUGCAGAGCCCUUUAAUGGUUCCAAACCCUAAGUCCACACAUAGCUCCUGGCUCUGGCAUCUCUCCAGCCCCACUGGCCCCGGAGCUGCUUGACUCACCAGCUUCCUAUUUGAUGCACCCAGGCCCCCUUGUGGCCAACUCCCUCCUCUUUUCACUGAGGCAGAAGCACUGAGGUGGGCUGGACAUGGGUGCCCUCCACGUCCCUCAUAUCCCCAGGCACACUCUGGCCUCAGGUUUUGCCCUGGCCGUGUCAUCCACCUGGAGAGGGCCAUCCCCUUCUUCAGGCCUUGAAUCAAAAGUCACUUUGUUAGGCGAGGAUUUCCCAGACCACUCAUCACAUUAAAAAAUAUUUUGAAAAUGAACAUGCAGUAAA